AUCAAUAACAUUAGCCUUAUCUACUCACUCCUGAGCCUUCAUUACUAUAUAUCAACCCUUACUCACAUACCUAAUCGCUUAUAUCCAUACUUAACCCUAUUUUACUAUGUCUAAUCCCUUAUUUCUAUAUCUUAAUCCCUCAUCUCUAUACUUAACCUCGUAUUAUUAUACAUAACCCCUUAUUGCUAUACUUAACGCAAGGGGAAAUAGUAAAAAGUUUGUACUUCACUGUAUUUUAGCACACUCCGAGGAUAUGCGAAAGCUAUUCUCGAGAACUUCUUAGAUAUUUCAAGUGUACUGCCAACGUGUGCCACGAGCAUAUUAGUUUGAGUUCAUUCUAUAUAAAUUUUUCCGAUAAUAAAGCCCAAAUACUUCAUCGCAUCUCAAGAUUUGAGUAUCAGUGAAGUACGAUGAAGUGUUGGAGCUUUAUUAUCGGAAAGAUUUAUAUAGAAUGAACUCAAAGUGAUCUGCUCAUGGCACACGUUGAUAGUAGACUUGAAAUAGCUUUCGUAUACCUUUGGAAUACGCUGAAGUACAGCGAAGCACCAGUGAAGUAAGAAAUUUUCGCUAUCUCUCCCUCGACUUAACCUCUUAUUCCUAUACUUAACCCAUUAUUCUUUUGCAUAAUCCUUCAUUUCUGUACUUAACUCCUCAUUAUUAUACUUAACCCCUUAUAACUAAAGUAGACAGAAAAAGUAUAAAACACUUUUUAUUUUUUUUUUUUCUCUUUGAAAAGGUAAGAACGAAUAAAUAUCUUUAUAUAUAUAUAUGUUGUAGGCAAAAUUGAAAUUCAGGCAAAUUUUAAAUUUGCCUAGGCAAAAUUGAAAUUUUAAUUUCGCCCAGUCAAAAUUAAAAGUUCAAUUUUGACUAGACAUUGCUUGGGCAGAAUUAAAACUUCAAUUUUGCCUAGGCAAAAUUAAAAUGCAGCUAGGAAUAAAUUCAUACAAUGAAAAAAUUAAAAUCUGAAUAGAAAAACUUUAUUAUUGAAAAAUAUUUCUUCAUUCAACUAAACAAUUCCAAGAGAAUACAUUUCGACAAAAUCUUUUAAUCUAUUCACCCAUAUUAGUCUAUUUUAUUUUUGAUAAAGAACGUGAUUGUAUGAAUUUAUUCCUAGCUGUAUUUCAAUUUUGCCUAGGAAAAAUUGAAAUUUCAAUUCUGCCCAAGCAAUGUCUAGGCAAAAUUGAAAUUUUAAUUUUGACUGGGCAAAAUUAAAAUUUCAAUUUUGCCUACAACAUAUAUAUAUAGUCAGAAUUCAGACCUGCAUGGUUCAUUUAUGUUCGGUCAAGUUGGUUGCUAGCUGAGGAUAUAGAGCAAAAUACAUUUUUUCUCUAUAGGCAAAAGUUUAAGACACUUUUAGUAUUGUGUUGAUUUUAUCGUUAUUGAGAACAGAGCAAAAUCUUCAAAAAAUAUACCAUUAGAUGCAGAAUUGAACGAGCUAUAUUUUGGUAUAAUUUUUUUUCUUAAUUGUUAAUUUUAAUAAUUUAAUAUUAAUAACUGAUAAUUUUAUUUGAUUAAUUAAUUAAUACAAACUUUCUCAUAGAUUUUGGCUUUCAAAUAUACCAUUAGAAAGAGCAUUGAAAACUGAACAAAACUGUAUUUUUUGUUUCACAUUAACUGGUUUUCUUUUUAUAAAAAAACAUAAAAAAGUAGAUGUCUUAAACUUUUGCCGUCCACUUUAGUUGUUGUGAAUUACUAGAUGAAACGUUUUGAAAGAAAUCUUCGUUGGUUCUUAAUAUUAGCACAUAUGAAACCUAGCAGACUAAAAUAGGAGUUGUUACUAUUAGAAACUCCAAGAGUUAUAUGAGUUUUACAUUGGAGGGUGUGGGUGUGGAUCUUCUUUUCAUUUCCUACCACACCCACCCAAACCACAACCACAGUCUCAUCCACACCUUACACCUACCCACCCUCACUGCCCUCUAUAACAUAUUAAAAAAUCAGUCAAUUCUGAAAUGUCACUGCAUCGUCGAUGACUGAGUCUCUCAGACACUUACUCUCAAAGAACUAAAAAAGAAGACAAAAAACAGCAACAGUUUCUUAACCACGUUUUGCAUUUUGUUACAGAGUUUUUUUUUCAUGAUCAACAAGAAACGAUUGUUUUUAGUAACAAGAUUACAAAUAGUUACCAAUCAUAGAUUUUUUUUAGAUUGAAGUGACAAAUAAUAAUUUAAAUUCGUUAUUGUCUCAAUUAGAAGAAGUUGAGAAAUCGAAAGACUAUUUAAGUAUUGGUAAUAGAUUAGAUCGUCGUUUUGAUUCAAAAAUAAAUGAUAUUAUUAGAAAAUGGAUAUCAAAGGAUAAAUUGUUGAAUGAAGAAAAAAAAUUUCUUGAUUUAUAUUCAAAAGUUCAAUUAUGUUUUGUUGAAUAUUGUGUUUUUGAUUCACAACUAAUAAUAAAUAAUAAAGAUAUUAUUGAAUUAUUUCGUACAUGUUUAUUUCGAACAAAACAAAUUGAAGAUUUAAAACAAGCUGUUAUAUUUGUUCGUGAUGAACAACCAUCUAAUGAUAAUACAACUGAAGAAGAUGAAAUGCUAAUUUAUCUUAUGCGUAUGCUUGAUGCACGAUCACUUGCGUAUGGAUUAUGUUUCAGAGGUCUUCAUCCACCUCCAAAAAAUCUUAAUAAUGAACUUAAUUUAUGCCUUACUCAUCUUCAUGCUAAAAAUUAUUUAUAUAAUAUGAACUCAAAUAACAAUACAAAUAAAAAUAUGCAUGUCAGUUAUCGUCAUAGAUUUUUUAUUGGUUGUUGUACAUUUGCUGUUGCAUCAUUCGAUGAAAAUAGAGGAUAUUUAAAAAAUGAUGAUAACAAAAAACAUAUUUGUUUACUCGCAAAAUAUAUUCGAAUUGUGUUAAAUAAGAAAAAUUUCGAACGAAAUAAAUCAUUUCUUUAUUGUCUUCGUGGUAUUCUUGCCUUACUUACCAAUUGUGUUCCUACGGAAAAUUGGAUUCAUAUUAUUAAUAGAGCAUUAGUAAAUAAAAAUGAUGAUGAUGCACAACAAGCAAAUCCAUUUAAUAAUGAUCUAUUUUCUUUAAUAAUUGUUCGGUUACUAGGAUCAAAUAUUUUUCGAGAUACAGCAAUUCGAUCAGAUUCAAAUGAUAUUACUUCGUUAGUUGAUGUAGCACUUGUAUUUCUUAAUAAAUGGUGUGAUGCAUCAAGAGAUCUUAAUGAUGAUGACGAUGAAAAUAAUAACGACUCUUUGUCAUCGGAUGAACCCAAUCAAAUUAUUAAUUUUUUGCGUUCGAGUACACUGUUAGGUGGAAAAUUAGGUACAGCUCAAAUAAUAAUUCCUUAUAUUGAUGCAAAAUAUGAUCAUGUUCGUUUAAUGGCUGUGUCCACAUUAUCAAAAAUAAUGAAUUUUCAAGAUUUUCAAGAUUUACAAAAGAAAAAAGCGAAUAUAGCUGAAGAUAUAGUUAAAUUUAUAUUUGAGUUUAUUGAUCGUGCAUUUGUUCAAGGAAAUUUAAAAUAUGAAGGAAUAUCAUUUGAACGACUUCUUUGUUAUUUACUUCGACUUCUUGAUCACGAUUUUGUUAAAAAACAAACCCUUCCAUAUAUACCGAAAAUAGUUACUUAUGCAGAAGAGCGUCAUUUAAAUGCACUUAAGAUUCUUCGUAAAAUUUCUUCAUCACAAGAUAUGAAACAAGAUUUAAGAAAUAAUUUCGAAUUAAACGAAUUUUUAACAACUAAAGCCAGUUGUUUAUUUGCUAGUGAUCCAAUGAUGAAAAAAAUUAUCGAACAAAUUCGUCAAAAUCUUCUACCAGGACGACAAGCAUUUAUUUCCUAUUGUCAUCGUGAUAAACGUCAAUGUGAUGAAUUUGUUAAAACAUUAGAACAAGCCAAUCUUUUUACAAAUGUUUGGGUUGAUAGAAGUUAUAUGAAAGAUGAUAUGGCUUAUACAAUAACAAGUGCUAUUCGACAAUCAAAAGUUGUUUUUGUUCUUCUUAGUAAUGCAUAUUGUACAUCAGAUUUUUGUCGACGUGAAUGGCAAUUUGCUAUCUCCGAAAAAAUUAAAGUUUGUCCUGUUUCUGUUCAAGAAGAUUUUCAAAGAGAUGCCUUUGAUUGGGUAGUAUUCAAUAUUGGUUACAGUCCUUUUUAUAAAAUUUAUAAAAAUGAUGAAUUACAACGUUUAAUCAAGAAUUUACGUAGUGAUAAGCAUGAACAAUCACAAUCAAUAAACAAAACAACGACUGAUUCAGCUGAAACAUAA